UCUCGCUCAAGGUCAUAGAACCAACAAUACGAGGCCCGGGAGCUGGAGAGAGCCGGCCAUCGCCCUCCGACGCAGCGCCCUCGGAGACGUGCAAGAGGCGGCGGCGCUCGUCCUGCAGCUCCUGGAGGGCCUGUUUCCUGUGCUUUGGAUUUAGAGGUAAAAUGCCGAACCAUUCUCUGCAGGAAGCUGCCAUGUUGGUGUGACCUUGGUCUGUGUAGGUUGUGCACAGUAUGCUCAGACUUUCUCUAUCCAGUCAGUCACCUGCUAAGUGGACCUGGAUAUAACAGGCUGUGAAAAUGUCAUUCUGAUCUCUGCUGAAGAAAACAUAUUUCUCUGUGACUUGAGGAGGGAUCAAGAAAGAUGUAUCCUGUUCCUGCUUCCAUGCAUGGAGUGGAGGGAAAUAACGGACAUCCCCGGAAACUGAUUUCUUUCCUUUUUGUUUUUGGCAUUUCAUUGUUAUGUGCUGGAUUCCUCCUUUCAAUGUUUGUUUUGCAGACGUGUCCAAGUGGCGCUUUUGGGGACUGUAAGGCAGCCCUUAAAAUCGUGGGGCCGCUGCUUGCUGUGGUUGGCCUAGUCUGCAUAAUCCUGGCACAGUCGAAGGCUAAAGGCUAUCUCCGAGAGGUGCAGUUGCAAGAUGAUCAGGUGUAUGGUUUUGUUUUUUGCCGAGGAAACUGCCAGUUUGCCCAGUUUCUUGUCUUUGGCUUUUUAUUUUUAACCAGUGGGAUGCUUAUUAGUGUUCUGGGCAUUUGGAUUCCGGGAUGCAGCCCUGGGUGGCACUUCCAACCAUAUAACCAGAGCAGCACCUCUGAUGUUGAAUUCCAAGACUGUGGAUUUCUCUCUGUUCAAACCAUGGGUCCUUUGAUCGUGCUUAUUGGAUUGUGUUUCUUUGUGAUAGCUCACAUCAAAAAGAAACAAAAUUUAAAUCUCGUCCAAGAAUCUUCUGUCAAUGAAGAAGAGCACCUGAGCCCUGAAUCAUUUCAAGUCACAGUAGGUGAUACUGUGAUGGUGUUCCCACCUCCUCCACCACCUUAUUUUGCCGACUGUUCCCUGCAGACAAUAACUCCUAGCCUUGUAACAAGUGACUUGCAUUUAGGGGAGAAUCCUCCACCAUACCACAGUACUUUUAUUCACCAAACACAGAAUACUGAUAUAUCAGGCUCAGUUACUUGCAGAGAGAAUGAGUUGCUGCAUACAAUAUCAGGAAGUGAUUCACCUUCUGAAACUUUAUCUGUUCUCUAUCUUGACUCUGAACCAUCUCAGAAAUAUAAGGCAAAAGAAGCAGCUGUAAAUAAUGAAUGUGUUUUGUCUUCUUCUCCUUCUCUGUCUUAUAUGUCUUUGUCCUCUUCUGAGUCAUCCCUUGAUCAAAUAAUCAGCUAAAAGUUCAUUUGUGUGCUCAGCUUAGUGAGCUGAGGCAAAGGUCCAUCACAAGACGGCUCCAUGGAAGCAAGGGAAGCUUCACUAUCAUUCAUUUCAGAGAGUGCUGGCAGGGUUCUGUAGCCAUUUUAGAGGUCACGUCCUUCCUUAUACUCUGCUUGUCACUGUGCAACACUCCAUUGAUCCAUGGUCAUCCACUUAUCUCCAGCUGUUAGCAGAUCUGAACCAGAGUGAAGGGAGUGGUGAUUAAAAAUAAGAAGGAAGAAGGACUGAAGAGGUCUGGAAGAGGGAACCUGGACUCAGAGAAUAGCAAACCCCAAAGGUGAGACAGCAGAGGGUGCUGCAGCAGAAGCUUGGUGAAGCCGAGAGUUAUAUUACAGACAAAGCUGUCUGGCAAUUCAAGCCUACUGUGGGAAACAAAUUCCUGGAAAGUAUUCAGUAUGACAAAGACCACACAGCCUUACUAUCCCAAUAGCUGACAUACCAUAUUUUGUGUGUGAUCCAAAUACACAAAGCAAAAUCACCCACUGAAAUUAUGCAGUGUUUGGACAAAGUGCUAGAACAUUCACCAAUCACAGAGGAGAAAUUCCAUUGUCUUUGUAUUUAUUUUUCGUUAAUAGUUAUUGACAAAUUAUAAAGACUCUGAAAACCUGAGAUGUUCAUUUCAUUGGUGUUUGGCCAGACCCUCACACACUUAACAGUAUAAAAUUGUAAAUGUGAGAAUGAAGUUUAUUAAACAUUGUGGUACAAAAUA